GUUAGGGGGGAAUUCAAGCAGAGCUGGACUGCCUGGAGUGAGUGGCAGGGGAGACCUGUGUGGCAGCCCCAGAAUGUUGACCAUUGCUCUUCUUGCCCUUGUCUGCGCAUCAGCCUCGGCCAAUGCCAUUCAGGCUAGGUCCUCCUCCUACAAUGGAGAGUAUGGAGGCGGUGGAGGCGAGCGAUUCUCCCAUUCUGGUUACCAGCUGGAGGGUCCCAUCACUGCCAUCCGUAUCCGGGUCAACAGAUACUACAUCGUAGGCCUCCAGGUGCGCUAUGGCAAGGUGUGGAGUGACUAUGUGGGUGGCACCCAGGGAGACCUGGAGGAGAUUUUCCUGCACCCCGGGGAGUCAGUGAUCCAAGUGUCUGGCAAGUACAAGUACUACCUGAGGAAGCUCGUCUUCGUGACUGACAAGGGCCGGUACCUGCCUUUUGGGAAAGACACAGGCACGAGUUUCAAUGCUGCCCCCUUGUACCCCAACACCGUGCUACGCUUCAUCAGCGGCCGAUCUGGUGCCCUCAUCAAUGCCAUCGGCCUGCACUGGGACGUCUAUCCCAGCGACUGUGGCAGUUGCUGAACCGCAGCCUUGCCCUGGGCCGGGCACUGCAGUGGGGCUGUGAGAACUACCUUACCACCAACUCCACCUACAGGGUUCAAUAAAAAUAAUAAUAAAAGGACAUAGCUGAC